GUUAAUAUUUAUGCUAUAUAUUGGGAUCCAGAAAUAAUACAAGAUGUUCUUUUCCAUAAUUAAUAAAAUUAUAGUUCUAGGAAUAUUGAUUUUAAUUGUUCCUACUUAUGGCAAUCAAAGUACGCAUUUGAAAGCCAGAAAUUCUCAAGUAAGUGCAAAAUUUACGCCGUUUAAGGAUUUUGUUGUUGAGGAUGAUGAUAUUGUUGCUUAUAUUUUGCAAGAAGAUUAUGAAAAAGAUGAAGAGAAAUGCAAAUCAAAGCUUGGGGAAUAUUGUGAAGAAUUGAAAGGGAUAGAUUCAGAAUUAAAUAAAGUUCAUACUAAAGUUAAAGAAAUUUGUAAUAAUAUAGAUAAAAAAUGCAGAGAAACAAAAGCAAAGGUUGAAAAAAGAGUAAAUGAAUUUUUUGAUUUAGUCACUAGUUAUGCGGGUCAAAGCAUCUCUUAUAAAGAAUGCGAUCAAUAUUAUCAAACAUGUAUGUUUUAUGAAACUACAAAAGAGGAAUUUGUUUUAAGUUUCUGCAGUCUCCUUAGAUAUUCCUGUUAUUUUUUCAGGGAUACAGAGAUGAGAAAUGAAGUCAUUCUUAGAGCUUUUCCUAUUAGUAAUAUUGAAUCUAAAGAUUUCGCGGAAAAAAAGCAGGAAAUUUGUCCAACAUUGAUUAAACAGAGUGAUGAUCUAGCUUUAUUAUGCCUUGAAGAUACUUCACUUGAAAAUUUCAAUAAAAGUAUUGAUGAGUUUUGCAAUUCUUUAAAAGAUUUCAUUGAUAAUGAUAAAAAAGAAGAAGUAUGUCAUGAAAAACUCGGAAUAUAUCCUCUUCUUAAAGAGAAAUGUGAAGAGAAAAACGAGAAAUUGAAGAAACUAUGCGAGGGAAAAAAUAUUACAUAUAGGCCUCCAGUUAAAAAUUUUAAUCCAAUUGAGCAGGGAAUGACAUUGUUAGAGAUGAUUGAUCUGGAAAAUCUUUAUAAAGAAGGAAGAAAUAGAGGACUAAUUCUUGGAGCUUUAGAAAAAACGUUGGAUGACAUGUUAGCCUUUUUCUCUCGGAAUACUGAACCUGAUGAGAUGGAAGGAAAAUGCAAGAGUGUACUAAAUAAUAAGUGUGGUUAUCUUAAAACUAUAAGCUCUGAAUUUAAAGAAUUAUGUGAAAAAAAUAAAAUAGGAGGAAAAUGUAAAGAUAUAUCAAAAAUGACGGAUAGGUGUAGAAAGUUUAGAAUAAGACUUUAUCUAGAUGGAACUUCUACAAAAUUUGAAGAUAAAGAAUCGGAACCAUUGUCUUAUGAUGAGUUUUCGACAUCAUUUACCGAGAAUGAAUGUUUAGAGGUUAUCUCGAAAUGUACGUUUAUUAAAAGAUCAUGCGAACCUAAAAUGCUUAUCGAAUGCCAAAAUCUACAAAUGGCAUGUCAUAAAAAGAAAGAAGAUCAACUAUUCAUUAAAUUAAUUGGAAGUGAGUUGUACAAACUUAAUAAAUUAGAAUCGAAUGAUGAAAGAUUUAAUAAAUGCCAAAAAAUAGUAAUGGAGAAGUGUGCUGCAUUUAAAAAUAAUAAUGUUGAUAUUUUUAUGAGAUGCCUUCGGCCAAAGGAGAUAUGUCUUAGACUUGAAAAAAUUAUUUCGUCUCAAUUGAAAGAUCUAGAACAAGUUUUGAAUACAGUACGGGAUUCUCCUAAUGAAAAGGACUGCAUUAAAUUGAAAGAGGAUUGUGAAGGUAUUUUGAAAGAUUUAGGUUUAAAUAAUGGGAAAUGCGUUACAUUGAAAGAGCGAUGUGAAUAUUUUAAAGUUACAAGAGAACUGAAAUAUGCGUUUUUGAAAGAAAAAAGUGAUGCAUUAGCGGAUAAUGAAAAAUGCAUGAAAGCCUUGAAGGAUAAAUGUGAUAAAUUACCUAAAGUGAUGGGGGGGGGGGGGGGG